AUGGGAUGUGAUGGUGGAACUAUUCCUAAAAGGCAUGAGUUGGUGAAAGGCCCAAAGAAAGUUGAGAAGGUAUGAGUUAUAGCUAGCUAGCUUAAACUAGCUAGUUAACGUUAGGUUGCUAGCUAGCCGACACGUUAGCUAACGGAUGUUUUGUUAAAUAAAACUGACGCGUUAGUACGCCCAAACUACCCUAAUGUUAGAUACAUACAUGUAACCGUUUAGCUUGUUUUUAUUAAUCAGUUAGUUCGCUUGCUAACUCGCCAUGCUCACGUAAAGUCCGCUAGCUAGCUAGCCUGUUAUGUUAGUUUCAGAAAUAAGAAACCAUCAACAUAGUUGAUGAGACGCUUUGACAUGGCUGUGUAACUAGCUACUAGUUAAUAAGGAGCUUUAUGGUACAGGUGGUAGCGCAGUGGACCUGCAUUUAAAUCACAGAGUUGCUGCAACAAUUCCUCCCUUGGCUGUCCCCUAUCACUGACGUUACUUAGCUAGUUACAAAUUAUUUAAGAUAUAACCAAAUACAACGGAACAGCAGUGGGCAUGAACUAAGUUGAAAGUGUGAAUCUCUCCACUCAAGGUUGACAUAAAUGCAGAGCUUGCUGCUCGGUGGAAGUACUGUGCUCUCAGCACGGAGAAACUCCGGCGCCCUAUUGUUGCUUGUGAUCUGGGAAGGUGAGGAUUAUUUUCAUCAGGUUGUUGUUGUUGUGUACAAGUCAUAUACCUGGUAUGACACCGUUAUGUAUUUAUACUGAACAAAAAUAUAAACAGAACAAUUUAAACGAUUUUACUGAGUUACAGUUCAUAUAAGGAAAUCUGUCAAUUGAAAUAAAUUCACUAGGCCCUAAUCUAUGGAUUUCACAUGACUGUGAAUGCGUAGGCCCACCCACUUUGGAGCCAGGCCCACCCACUUCGGAGCCAGGCCUACCCACUUGGGGGCCAGGCCCAGCCAAUCAGAAUGAGUUUUUCCCCACAAAAGGGCUUUUUACAGACAGAAAUACUCCUCAGUUUUCAUCAGCUGGUCUCAGAUGAUCCCGCAGGUGAAGAAGCCGGAUGUGGAGGUCCUGGGCUGGUGUGGUUACACGUGGUCUGUGGUAGAGAGGCAGGUUGGACGUACUGCCAAAUUAUCUAAAACGAUGUUGGAGAUGGCUUAUGGUAGAGAAAUGAACAUUAAAUUCUCUGGCAACAGCUCUGGUAGACAUUUCUGCUGUCAGCAUGCCAAUUGCGCGCUCCCUCAAAACUUGAGACAUCUGUGGCAUUGUGUUGUGUGACAAAACUGCACAUUUUAGAGUGGCCUUUUAUUGUCCCCAGCACAAGGUGGACCUGUGUAAUGAUCAUGCUGUUUAAUCAGUUUCUUGAUAUUGGAAUCGUAUGAACGUUCAUUGCUCUCCUUCAAGGAGUGAAUGGAAGUCAAUUGGGCGCUAGCUCAAAACCCAACAGUAACAUGAAUUUUGUCAACAAGAAGUACAACAUUACAAAUAAUUUCCGAUAUUUGAUAUAAUUAACUUUGUUCUCUGUAAUAUCGUAUAGCUUUGGAAUCGUGACAUUACGUACUUUUGAGGGAAAUAGGCAGGUUUCGACUCAUACCCCGACUUUGAGAAGGUAUUGCGUGACGAUUAGCUUAGCAACCGCAUUACGUGUUUUUGUUAACUUGUCUAGUCAAAUGGGCCUAGGCUAGGCCUGUAGGGUAUCUUCAGUCAUAACUUCUUGUCCUAGAAGACAAAUAAUUUCAAUGUUGCUCCUCUCGACGGGACCAAGGAGAUAAAGCAAUAGCUCUAAACAGUGCCUAAAUACUAUUCCCUUGCAAACAGAUUAGCUAGACAAAUAACACAUUCACGUUACCUGAAGUGAAAUGUAGCCAGACCUUCAUAGCAGUGAUCCACGCACGUUGUCCUGUUUCAACGAACCCCAACAACACAGCACUCGAUCCUUAGCUAAACUUAGUAUCUAAAGCUAGCUAAACAACUUCUUCUUGUUGUAGCUUUCCGGCAGACUAGAUGCUUUGUGGCAGAUUGCUGAAUUUCACAGGUCGGAGUGCGAAUUACAAAUUUUGGGGAACAUAAAAAGAGGAGAGGCUAAGGAGAGCUAGAUACAACUUGUUGACGGCACACACUAAAAUAAAAUAAAAAAAAACUUGCACCACGCAACAGGAAGUGGUCAAAAAAUUAACAGUUCAAGAAUUUUUGUCAAAAAAGGUCUAUUAGAUAGUUCUAUCACACCUGUAUUCCGUAAUCAAAAUGUUAUUCUUGUUUACAGACUUUAUAACAAAGAUGCCGUGAUUGAGUACCUUCUGGAUAAAUCUGCAGAUAGACCCAACAGCGAGGUUGUAUCACACCUUCGUGGCAUUAAGGUAUGGUAAUUAUCCAUGCUUUCAAUCAUUGAGUGAUUGGGGAAAAAAUUCUAUACAGUUACAUUGCAAUAUAUUUCACUCUAAGUAUCGAUUUGUAAAUAAAGAAAACUGUAUUUUUUAUUUUUUUGUAAUACUUUUUUCCUACUGUAGCUAGCGCUAGUCGGCUGUACCUGCGCCACAACUCCGGUAUUUUUCAUCCUAUGUCUUGUUCUACAUCUUCUUUUGAAAUAGUGAGCCGACAUGUUUCCUGCACUUUUAUUUCCCUGACUGAUCAAAACUCAUUUUCUCCUGCUCUCUCUUGUAUAGUGAGAAAUAUGUUUGGAACAUCACAUCGCAAUAAAAUCGCAGUACCGAAUUACAAUACAUAUAGAAUCGUGAGAAUCGCAAUACAUAUCGUAUCGGCACUUAAGUAUCGUGAUAAUAUCUUCUUGUGAGGUCCCUGGCAAUUCCCAGCCCUAAUAUCAUUGCAUUAUCUAAAGUGAAUCAAAUGAAAUAAUAACCCUUAAUAUUAUGGUGUGUGUGUCCUGCCACAGGAUGUAAAGGAGCUGAACCUGACUGACAACCCAGCCUGGGAAGGUGAGAGGAGGAACACCAAAGGGGACCGCUACGAGGACAUGCACUGUGCCAUGUUCAUCUGUCCUGUGGUGGGCCUGGAGAUGAAUGGCAAACAC